AUGUGGAACAACAUACAAGGGAUUCCAUUCGGUGCGCCAAACCCCGGAGAUCCUCCGUAUCAAGGAAGAGGACGGCGAAAUCCCACAGAACGUCCUGAUGCAUUGAAUACUCAGAAUGUGACACCUGGUGCUCAGCCACCGACUACACACUAUCCGGCACCUGGCGCAAUGAACGGUGAGAAUCCAAGACAUUUUCCACAUCGGUCUCCUACGUCGAGUGAUGAAAAUGGACUUCUUGCCGAGGGCGGAUCUCUGUCAGACGUAAUACCUGGCGGAAACGAAUCACCGUCGAACAAUCUUUCUGGACCCGUCAGUGUAUCCUCUACGAGAGCGGUUGGAGUCGACUCGCAACCAGGAAGGGACAACAAUCCCGGAUUUGGCCGGCAAGUCGAAAUGCCCAAUCCGCCAAACUAUGGACGAUGUGCCGUGUGCGGGAAAGUCUUCGACGGUCCUCUGUCGUCGCGUCGUCAUUACGACGCCAUUCAAUCCCACAGUCCAGGUUUCAGUCUCUGGAACAACGACCCCCUUUUCCCGGAAGAAAAUCCAAACAACCUCUAG